CGGAAGCAAACGAUGAGUAAGAGGUUGAGAGAUAGGUUGCGAAGCGUACGAGCUCGUCUGUACGGUCGAGCCAUGAGUAAGAAAACCCAAGCCGACUCGUCCGGGGUGAGCCACAACCAAUCCCGCCUGAUGCAAUGUGGACGCUGAUGGAUGCUGCUGUGUCGUGCUCUUUGUGGGUGCAGCCAUCGCACCCGGUCGGCCUCGAUAGCGUUUCAUUCCAGCUGACGGACCUUGGAGAAACGUUACUACAGAGCCUCUACGCGCUACGUGACAGGGUCAGUACCGCACCGAAUCUCUCAUCAUGCAUCUCGCAUUCAUCCACACCAAACGCACUUAGAAGGCAGCGCACGUGCUUCCAUUCCUUCCAUAUCUCACCAUCCUUUGCUGAUGCGGACGGGUGGUACCUACUUGCAGAUUAAGGUGGUAGCUGAGUUGAUCGGAGCGGCAGAAGGCUCGAGCUCGUCGCAGGCCGAGAACAGCGCGUCAGAGGUGAGACCACACACCAGCCAUGACACACACAAGCAGAAGCACACGCACCCAUGGAUGGAUGGUCCUCUGUUGUGGUUGCCGCUGGCUUUUUUGCCUCCUAUCAGCGUGUUGAUGCUCAGCGUGCUGUGCUGCUGAGUGUCGUCGAGAAGCUCAGGGCCAGCCACGACCCAUCCAAGAUAGCAUCGGUGGUACAGCUGGCCAACGCCAAAUGCGACCUCAUCACCGCCAUGAUAGAGCAGCCGGUACACAACACCCCUUGACUGUCGGAGCUGACAACACAACACACACAUUGACGGUUAUCCUUUGUGCGCAUGUGCGUGCAUCAGGCAUUGUUCGUAUCGCCCCUCAUGACGCUGCCCGAGGGCUUUCUGACCAGCCACAUCGGACCCCAUCUCGGCACCAAGGACAUCAUCACUCGGCUGGCCCCCACACAUCCAUACCUGCACACCACCUCCCGCAAACCCGCCAUGCACAAGACGCUCCAGCUCAAGUGCAAGGACUUCUGCAGCAAGGUCAAGGUGACCAAAAAGCAGGUGUCUGUGUGGGGGCCCGCCUUCAGCCAGACCCAGCAAGCCACAAUGGUGUGUCUGCCCAGCCGGGGAGUGCUGGCGCUGCUCGAGCACGCCAGCAGCACCCUGGAGGAGCUACACGCGUGGCCGGAUGUGAGUUGCCCGCGCUCACUGGAGUCACUGCCCAAGGCCGGGAAGCCCACGCCGCGACGGGGAGAUGACGAGGUGGUUUUCCCCAAGCUGGUGCGUGUCAAGGUGGCGGGGUGGUGGAUCACUGUCGCCAACAAACGGCGGUGGAAGCCAAUGUAAGUGAGGGAGGGGGGGGGGGGGGGAUGGUCGGGUUGGCUUACUUUGGUUGAUGGUUGGUUGUGAUGUCAGGUCGCUCGUCGACGUGCAUCUGCGUGACAUGUAUGGCGACAUGCCCGUCAGCCCUGCCUCUGCCCCGAUGUGUUCGGGCAACGGCGGCGAUGCGUGCACGGCAUGGCUGGCGGGCCCCGGGCCACACAGCCUGACCCUCGAGGCGGGGUGGGACGGCUGGGAGCUUAGCAAUAUCCAGAACAUGGUGAAGCCGUCCAUCAAGUGAGUGAGGGGACAACGAAUGUUUGUGUGGAUGAAUGACAGACCCCACCCUUGCCGGCUCCCUGUAUGUGUGCAGGCAGCUCCGUGGCGUCGAGUGGGAGGGGGGCUGGGAGACGAUCGCCGCGAGCGGGCUGCAGCUGGAGGAGUUCCACGCGACCGUCACAUUCAUCAACGAUCAUACGCUCGAGGUGCGUGCGGGAGAGGCGAACGGGAGGCUCAACUGGUGGUAUGAUGUAUGGGCUGUCUCUUCGUGUGUCUGCUGUCAGGAUUUGGACUCAUUUCGGACGGUGUGCAUCGCGCCCAACGGCACCAUCAACUUCACGUGCACCCCGUGCCACCCCUACUUCUGUAGCUUCGACAUCAUGCGAGCCUACCCCUCGUGCACAGCCCUCAUCAUCUCCCUCGCAGCUGCCGUCAAGACGGUCGUGUUUCCCUCUGGGCUAGCUCAGGGACAGGCAGUGCCGCCUGUUGUGCUGUAUGGCCUCCCUCAGCUGGUCUUCUCCCAGACCGAGACCCUGCACCUGAGCAGUGCAGGUCCUGGCUCUCGCCCUCUGCCUGACCUUCUGCUGUCGGGCCUGUCUGAUAGCCAUUUCCCUAGCGUGACCACUCUCGGCCUGGGGCAGGCAAAGGGGAUUAGGGAGGAGGCAGUGAGCAAGGCCACCGCUCUCAAGUCGCUGACAGAGGUGCGCUUCGAGAGAAAUGGUGCUGUGCUUGCGCCGUUUUUCUUCCCUCGCUGCCUCGGUGUGUGCAGCAAGUCAGGCCCCCUGCUGCACGUGAUAGCUGAGUAUGGCUCCAAGGUGUGUUUCAACACGGGCGUAUGGUCUCUGUGGGAGGGCGGGGCGGGGGCGGGGCUGGGAGCAGUAGCGAUGGGCGUCAGAGAGGCAUGGAGGGGCGUGUGCGAAAGAUAAGUGUAGUUGCGGGCUGUGGGGCGGGGCCGAGCGAGGAGGACGGGUCGGGGGUCUUGGCGGUGUGUCUACAGGCCAUUCGCAAGUGCCCCUUCCUCCACUCGAUUGCCUUCGGCCGCCAUGAGGACUCACUCCACCAGCUAGGAGGCUACACGCAGGCAGUUCAGAGCCAGCUGCUCUCGCGUGGGUUUGUGGCUCUGAAGAAGGAGUCGUUUGUGCCUGAGGAGUGGUUUGUGCCUGUUCUUGCCAGGCCCCACCCCGAGAUGUGUCGCGUGUUUGGCUGCCUCUUCCCCCUGCACCUGUAUGAGCACGUGAGUGACCUCUCUCCAUCUGCCGUUUACGCGCCUCGCGUGACGAUGGAUGACAGUGUGUCAGUGCCUGAGGUCGUUUUGGCUCGUGCCGGCCUCCACUUCCCCCGUUGCGUGUCGCGCCACCUGCACAAGGAAUGGGAGGGAGGCAUGAGAAAUCGCGUGGCACUCGAACUCCAUGAACUGUCUGAAUGAUUCUCAUGUAUGUACAGAUAUGGCUGCCUAGCUGGCUGGAUGUAAUCGACAGAUGGCUGCGUGAUCCUCGGUAUGGGG